AUGAAAUUUCCGGCUAUUUUCAUUGCGAUUUUCGCUAUUUUCGGAAUGGCUGAGGCCAAUUACGGCGGCGGUGGUGGCGGCAUCGUUAUAGGUCAUAGAGCUGCGGGCUCCAAAGACUUUGUUUUUCAAACCUUCGAGAAUGCACCCCGCGACGCCCUUAAACGAAGACCAACUCGACCAAGAUUAACUCCUCUUCCAAAAAAUUAA